AUUGCUCAUCUAUUUGAUGAGUCAUGCAGAUGGCUGUUGGAAUACCUCCGCUUCUUCUACGCCAAGUGGCGAUGCCCUGACUCCGCUGCAGCUCUCCCCGAUGGCUGUCCCUGCCUGCCAGGCGGAUGCCGCACUGGAUCCCGCCCUGCGUGGCAAAGGAGUGCCAGCCUUCCAGCCAGCCAAGAAAGAAGACCGGCCUCAACCGGAAGGAGCCAGCUGCGACACAGCGGUUGGUGGGGCGGCGGCUGGCCGGGCAGCCCUGAGUGAAUGUGGCCACGUCCUGAUGGAACCGGACCCCAAAGCCGGGCAGGGCCCCCCGAAGAGCCUUGGAGCCCCUCUGGCAAGUGUGGACACGCUGGAUGCUAGGGUAGUUAUGGGGGAGGAGACGCAGUGCCUCAGUGCGGAGGAAGACGUGGGGGGAGCUGAGCCACAGGCGCUGGAAACGGAAGCCGGCUCCGGUGACCCAGAGCAGAACAAUGUGGACGAUCAGGCCCCGGAGGCCGCCGAGGAGCUCCCCACAAAGCCCCCCCAUCAGGUAGCGAAAGACCUGAGCCUGUCUCUGCCAGGCCUCCUGCAGCCUCCGGAGCUGGAGGCGGUGGCAGCGGCAUCCCACUCUCAGGACGACCCUACGGCCGAUGUGCCUUCCCCGUCUCCUGCACUUGCCAAAGACCUUCCCACAGAGCUGGCCGAGGCCCAGCCGUUGCCUCUCAAGAACACGUGCGGCCUGGAUCCCGAGCUCUACUUCACGGCUCCCUCGACCCCCAUCAAGACUGUCUUUUCCCACCUCAGGCCUCAUCCUUUCUCCAAGGAGAGCCUGAGCGAGGAGCCCGGCGAUCUGGACAACGAAGGCCUCUGCUCCCCACCCACCUCCCCCUCGGGGUCCUACAUCACAGCCGAGGGGGGCAGCUGGGCCUCUUCGGGCACGGCCAGCACCUCCCCAUCCUGUUCGCCAAACCUCAUCGCUGAGUCCGAAGCCAUGGAGGCCCCCGUGACUGAUGGGGAGUCUCUGUCGGAGCUGGAACUCGCAGAGGGCGUGUUGGGACUCCCGAGAACAUCCCGUCUGUCUCCGGAGUUGGAGGGGGAGGUGGCCUUCCACACACUGUCUUCCAGCACUUUAGUUCACUCUUUGCUUCCUGCUGAGAACAACAAGGGCGAAGAUGAGGAGGAGACGACGCCAGAGGAGGACGAAGACGACUGGGGUUCCGAGAUAGCUGCCACAAGGCUCGUCCCUUGGAAGCCUGAGCGGGCGAAGCCGUCGGGGCCAAAGAGCAGGGGCGACUUUGCUGAGGAAGCAGAGCUGAGCACCAAGGGUUUGGGCCAUGAACUCUUCAGAGGAGAGCGCUUGCCUCCUGGUGAUCCUUCGGGAGAAUGUGUGGGAUCCACUCCUUCCUCUUGUUCACUGGCUGCCUUCUCAGGGCUUUCAUUGGAGGAGCCCACGAGUCCUGCUGGGGUCCACGCCUCUGAGACCGACACAUCCAGCAGGCUGCACGAAGAGACAGUUGCUUCCUCCCCUGCGGAUGGCACGGAGAGCGCAGAAAACGAGCCCAUGAUCCCUGCGUUGCUCCUGCCGUUCCAUGGGAGCCUCAUCUUUGAGGCAGAGUCCAUGGAGAUCACGUUGUUCCCCCAAGGGGAGCCAGUAGAGAACGACGCCCUCUAUGGCGUGGAAGAUGACGACAGCACCUCUGCCUCCUUCCUGCACUCCCUCUCGGAAACCUCCAUCAACGAAGGGGUGGACGAGUCCUUUGCUUUCCAAGACGACACUUCUCAGUCCUCCGACUCGGCUUCCUACAAUGGGGAGGAAGACGAGCGGCUGUACAGCGUUGAGCAAUAUGCCGUGGUCCCAGAAGCUGCACAGCAAGAAGCAAAAUCCUCCAUGGAGGGCCCGGGGCCAGAAAUGACCCACCUGGGCAGCGAGAGUGAGAUGGAGACGUCAUCCGAUGCUUACAAUACCGAUGAGGAAGACUCCGCCGUAGGUGAAGUGCGGCCACCAGCAAAGGGGCAGUUAGGGGGGAAUGGAUCCCCCCAGGACGAGCCUGAAGAGCACAACAGAUCCCAGGAAGGACAGGCCAAAGGGAGUUUGAGCUUUGAGCUGGCCGGUGCCUCCACGUUGCAAGCUGUGCCAGAGCUGGAAGGCCCUGGGGAUUCUUCGGAAUGCUCGAGAAGUAGCAGCAGCAGCAGCGUUUCUCCCGCUGGUCAGCAGUGGGGGCCUCCUCUGGAGCAGGAAAUGGUAGCAUCUUCUGGAGGGUUUGGUCACAGGGCCGAACCGGAAGAAGACGACUCUCGAGGGGAAACGGGAUCCUCCCACAGCUCCCCGGAGCACCCGUUCUUCUCCGACACAGAAGAGGCCCCGGGCAAAGGGGUCCCUGACUCGGAGGAAUGCCUGAUUGCCUGUUUUGAUACAGAUGAUGAAGCAGAUAACCUGCCUCCUUUGGACACCCCCACGGUGAGCCAAGAGUCUGGAGAACGGACUGGCCAGGUGGGGAUGGGAGCUGCCAUCCCUCUAGGCUGGAAGCCCAGUUGGUGUGUAGAACAGACAAACCAGGAGGCUGCCAGCUCACCGGCCUUUGACAUUGGCGCCAGGCUUAAGGAAUCGGAGGAACAGCUGCUGGAACUCCUUGACCAAGAUGGUGCCUCCGAGGGAGACUCACCAGAACUGGGGACGCAGGGCGGAGGGGUGCUGGACGUUGACCCCGAGAAGGAGAGAGCUCCCUUUGUGUCCCUCCUCGGAUCCUGCGAGGCAGCCGCCUUGGAACAGCCAGAAGUGACGCGGUCAGACGAGCCAGCGGGGGAGUGCCUUCUGGCCUGUUUUGAGUCUGAAGACGAGCUAGAGGAGGCCUCGUCUCUUGAUCUGAUGAACAACAACGAGGACCACAUGGCGGUGACGUUUGCAGAGGUGGGGCCAGGUUCCCAGAUCCUCCUGGGAGUUAACGCAACACCAGAGAGCACCCUCCUACCCGCAACAGAGGUUGCCUUGGAAGCGCCAACAACUCUGCCGCAAGCAUCUCCUCACUCCCACGAGGAUGUCGAGGUAUCUGAUGAAGUCCUGGACCGGGACCUUCAUGGUGCUCGGAGAGGCUCAAGAGAAUCUGAGGUGGAGAAGCAGGAACAGGGCGAUGGUGCGCCCUCUGAACUUCUCAAACGGUGCUCAGAGACUGGGGAGACCAAAGAGCCCGAAGUGGGAGAUCCUCCACCCCGUGAGAGCAGCCCUGUGCCAAGAUCGGUAGAAACGGGCACCUGUGCGGAUGAAGCUCGAGAGGGAACCAGAGAGUGCGGCAAGGGCAAGGACGGGCUGGAAGCAGAAGUUCCUGCAGCCGCCGGCGAGCCUACUGAAAUGUUGGAGGAGAAACAGCAAGUCCUGUCAACCUCGGCCUCCUCAGACCAAGAUUGGGAUACCCCAUCGGAGGAGGAGGAGGAGGAGGAGGUGGCCACCUCAGAAUUUGAAAGUGAAGAAAGCAUCAAGGCGGACUUAGUUUCUGAGAUCCCAGCUGCGGAAGCUGCCUGCCAGGUAGACCCACUUGACGCUAAGCGCUUAAUCUUGGAGGCCCCGGGUCUGUCGGAUUCAGGGCCUCCCGAGGCUCAAGCUCCCCACAGGACCUUUGCACAGUCCAGCCUGAGAGAUGACAACAUGAAUUUGGUGCAGGUGCUGGACAGCGAAGCUACGGAUGAACUGCCAGCGGAGAGGACCAGUGGCCACGUGCCAUCCCCAAGCAAAGAGCCUGAGGUGGCGAUCCCCACCGCUGUGGCUAACUUGGCCACCGGUGAGCCAGCUGGUGGAAGGAGAGAGCCCACUGAAUGGCCGCUGCUUGGGAGCACCCAGGUUCCAGAGCCCCGGACAGACGCCAGAGAUGCUGAACCUCCCGUUCCACAAGGACCUGAGGCUGACAGUACUGAGGAGCGGAAAGAAGCAGCUGAAGAUCUGCUUGCGUCAGCAGACAACUGUGUUUUGGACACCGACGCUCCAAUCGCUGGAGCUCCUGCAGGAAAGGUAGCCGAACCUUCUGCAGUCCGGGCGGGGGACCUGCCCAGAGGAGGCCUGCAGUUAGAAAAGAAGACUUUUGCUCAGGCUUUGCUUCAAGGUCUCACGCCAGCUUUGGAUGCAGAGGUCACAUGGCAGGGAAAAGUAGCAGUAAGUUCUUCCCCAGAGCUCCCCGAUGUCUCCUCGCCGCACUCGUAUACAGACUCCAGCUUUUUCACAGCGGCUGAAUACAGCUCUAGUGAGACUGUUGUGCUGGCUACAUCUCCAGACUUCGAGAGCGGAGAUCCAUCGUCUCCUGAGCAAGCCAAGGGCAGCCCGGCAUAUGUAGUGGAGGAGAGCCCCCCUCCACAGGAACAGCAGGCAGCCACCCCUGCGCUGGAGCAACUUGUCUUUGAGACGCAACAGUUGGCUGCGGCGACAGAGGGACCUUCCCAGCCCAGCAUGGCCCUGUGCCUGCAUCACACAGCCCUUGCGGACGCAGCUGGCUCAGCCACCUCACGGCGUGCGAAGGCCCAAAGCGGGGAUGCACUCUCCAUGUUGAAUAAUAGCCAGCAUCUUUUCUUUGCUUCUGAGGAGGAGAUAUUCCUGAGUGAGCCCCACGCUGCUCAACGAGACCUUUCCCGUGCAGAAGUGGCGCGUGCGGGUGCUGCAGACUGUUCAGGGGCUACGAACAUUGGCCCAGCCGUGGCUGAUUCUGAAACUGUUGCUCCGGAGGGCUUGCCAGACACUCAUAGCCAGUUCGAACCAUCUGGUGCCUUGCGGCAGAGUUCUGCUCCAGUAGCGGAGCCUUCAGCUGUCCUCACGGAUCAGCAACAAAUAACCAACAUGUUGCAAGGAUCCUUUGGGAGCCUGACGGAGCAGAGAGUGGGGGGCACGGGUCUCAAGAGCAGCCUGCUGGUAGCAGAAGCACAAAGCCUUCUUGGCAGCCUUAAGGAGAGGUCCUCUGGAAAAGCCACACCUGACCGAACGGAAGGAAGGGGUUCAGAAGAGCUCGACGCUCCGACUUCUCCCAGCGACACCCCUGCCGAUCAAGACCGUGAUGCCUCUCCGCCUUCUGUGGAAGCAAGAGGUGAAGACGAGCUGGAGACGGAGGGACUGGAAACUGCACCUGAAACGGAAGAUGCUCCCCCAUCUUCAGGGGAGACCCCGGUGGAUGGCCACCAGCUGGUAACAUCUGGACCAGAAGAAGCAGCGCAGCCUGGCGAAGAAGGGGCCUUUUUGCUCAACAAAGAUGAUGUGGAAGAUGUUGCCGUUGGUGGACCUCCUUCUCCAAGUUUGCCUGAAGAAAUGCCCCCCCGAGUUCUGGACGCUGAUUUAUCAGCAGAAGAGGGAACUAAGGAGGCACUGGAAGAGACUAGAUUAGAAAACGCCGUAGCAGAAGCUAGCAGCCCAAUGAUGACGGAGAGUGAUGAGGAAGCGGAAGCAAAAGCGGUGCCCUCUGGUCUUGUUAGAAGCAUGGACCCCCCUGCCCUCGAUUCUGCCACUUUGCUCCCUUUAAGCUCCCCCGUCCCUCUGCCGCAGGCCCCUCCUCCACCCAAAGCUCCACCAGAAGCUCCUCUUCUUGCGCCUUCUCCAGCUCCCUUGCAAACAGACCUGCCUGCAUCCCCUCCCUUGGAGCUGGCUUCCGCCUCACCACCUCUUUCUCCUGGCUCAGAGUCCCAAGAAGUGCCUGGUGUGUCACUGUUAGCGGUGCUGCCACCACCUCCCUCAGAGAGGCUCCCCCAAGGUCCAGCUGCUACCUCCUGGCUUCCCACCUCUUCUGCAAGCCCUGAGGAGGAAUCUGCUCCCGCUGAAGAGACCCUCUUCCACCUGCGAGACUCCAGGAAGCCCCCAGCGGAAGUUCUUCAGAGUACCAGACCUCCAGUGCCCUGCCGAGACCAGCUUCCCAGUACCAAGGAUUCCAGAGGCCGGAAACGCUUGCCUGGGAAUAAAGACUCCAGAGCGAAGGACUCCCUCUCCGCUGGAGAGAAGAGAGCUGAUCGUGGGCCCCCGCAGCUGGACUCCAGCUCCUCCAGUGAGCGGGAGCUGUCGUAUCGCUGCCCAGAGAUCGAGAGCCUCAGGGAAGCCACUGGGGUGGUACUCCUGGAGGAGGAGAAGCCCUUGGUGGACAGGGGAAGCCGUGACGCCAACCACAAAGAGUCCUGCAAUGAUUCGGAAAGCAAUGAAGGGUCUCUGCCUGAACUGGAGGAGCCUGAGGUUUCAGAACCACGGACAGCUCAGACGCAGGCACAGCUAACACACUCCUUGGGAACUGGUGAAGAAUCCAUCAGCAAAGCGAAACAGAGCCGGAGUGAGAAAAAAGCACGGAAGGCCAUGUCCAAACUAGGGCUGCGGCAAAUCCAUGGGGUCACCAGGAUCACAAUCCGCAAAUCGAAGAAUAUCUUGUUUGUGAUAACCAAGCCGGAUGUCUUCAAAAGCCCAGCUUCCGAUAUCUAUAUAGUCUUUGGAGAGGCCAAGAUUGAAGACCUUUCGCAGCAAGUGCAUAAGGCUGCUGCCGAGAAGUUCAAAGUCCCCAUGGAGCACUCGCCUUUGAUCACCGAAACUGCCCCCACCCUCACGAUCAAGGAGGAGAGCGAGGAGGAAGAGGAGGUGGAUGAAACGGGUCUGGAGGUGAGAGAUAUUGAACUGGUCAUGGCGCAGGCGAAUGUGUCGCGACCCAAAGCAGUGCGGGCACUUCGGCACAACAACAACGAUAUUGUCAACGCCAUCAUGGAGCUGACUAUGUAGCGACCGGCUGGCAGGCCCCCCAGCCUCUGCCCCCCCUUCUGUAUAGAUGCACAGUUACUCCUAUCCAAUACAGCUGUUGUUCAUUAGGACUGCAAAUGACUAGUCCCGAUUCUCCUGCAUUGAUGCUGC